GCUCGGCCUCCCCUGCGGCGGCGAUGGCUCCCUGGACCAAGGCAAAGAGCUGCCUGGCGGCCGGUUUGCUGCAGGACCAAGUGUCCAUCGUCACCGGCGGGGCCACGGGCAUCGGAAAGGCCAUCGCGAAGGAGCUCCUGCUCCUGGGAAGUAAAGUGGUCAUUGCAUCCCGUAAGUUUGAUAGGUUGAAAUCUGCUGCGGAUGAACUGAAUGCCACCUUUUCUCCCACCAACCAGGCUCGAGUUAUUCCCAUACAAUGCAACAUCCGGAAAGAAGAGGAGGUGAAUUAUUUGGUCAAAUCUACUCUAGAUGCUUAUGGUAAGAUCAAUUUCUUGGUGAACAACGGAGGAGGCCAGUUCCUUUCUCCUGCUGAACACAUCAGUGCAAAGGGAUGGCAUGCUGUGAUUGAGACUAACCUGACGGGCACCUUCUACAUGUGCAAAGCAGUCUAUAACUCCUGGAUGAAAAAGCAUGGAGGAUCAAUUGUUAAUAUCAUUACCGUUACCAAAAGUGGAUUUCCAUUAGCUGCGCAUACUGGAGCUGCCAGAGAAGGUGUUUACAACCUCACCAAAUCCUUAGCUUUGGAAUGGGCCUGCAGUGGAGUCAGGAUCAAUUGUGUUGCUCCUGGAGUAAUUUAUUCCCAGACUGCUUUGGACAACUAUGGUUAUAUCGGACAAGACUUAUUUGAGAGACAUUUUGAAAAAAUCCCAGCUAAACGACUUGGUGUUCCUGAGGAGAUCUCCCCCCUGGUAUGCUUCCUGCUGUCUCCUGCAGCUUCUUUUAUCACCGGACAGUUGGUGGAUGUGGAUGGGGGUCAGUCCCUGUAUACUCACACGUUUGAGAUACCUGACCAUGACAACUGGCCCGAGGGAGCAGGGGACCUUUCUGUGGUCAAAAGGAUGAAAGAGUCUGCGAAGCGGAAAGCCAAGCUCUAAGCUGAGGAAACAGGCCAGCGUCCCGUGUCCCAGAGUGCCUUAAUGUCUUGGGAAUGCACUUCUGUACAUUUUUUUUUUUUAGUCAGAGUCUCAGUCUGUCGCCCAGGAUG